CACACUGCACCGCUUGACGUAGUUGCCUUGCUUUUCUCGUCGCCAUGAGCCAUGUCAGAGCAGGGUUACAAAGCAGGUUUGGUUGACCGUGACAUCCGCGUUGUGGGCUUCCUCGGGGUCUCAGACUAUGGCCUUGGGCAGCUGGAAGUGCUGCUUGGUCGCUUCGAGGUGGCCUUUGCCACAGCCAAGAAGCGAUCGGCCGCUCAUGCAUCGGGCUUGGACUUGAAGCUGGAAGCAAUGUGCAAAGCUCACAGUGUUCCGUACUUGGGUGCGGUCGACGCGAACUCACCGGAGCUGGUGGACCGAGCGGCGUUGACCGACCUGGUGGUGAUCGGCGGGUACGAUGGCAUUUUGAAGAAGCCCUUCCUGGAUGCUCCACGCUAUGGAGUCAUCAACACGCACUUGGGCCUUCUGCCGCUGAAUCGUGGCUGUUGCCCUAGCUUGUGGGCACAGUUGCAUGGCCUCAGCCAGGGCUACACCACCUACCUGGUGGGCGAGGCCGUGGAUCAUGGUCCCAUUUUGGAUCUCUACGAGGCGCCUUCCCUCGGCGGCCUUCUGCAUACGAAUCGCCAUGUCUACGACGCACUGGCCGAAGCAGCUGUGCGGCGCUUCGGCGAGGCGCUGUGGCGCCUCGGGGAGGGCCAUGCAUUGAAGCGCUGUGAGGGACUGGAAGCCUACCACAAGAAGGGCAUGCCCAAUGAUGGUUGGCUCUCCUUUCACUGGUCACAUGAGUUCAUCCUCCGCUUCUCCUUGGCCUUGGACUUUGCGCCCUACCUGCCCGGGCGGGCGAGAUUGCAGGUGCAUGGCGUGAGAUCUACCUGGCCGUCACUCAGAUUUGGGCCGACGAGUCGAUCGCGACGACGGAUCCGGCGGCGGUGCCGCCGCGCCCGGGCACGGUGUUGGAGCUCCGAGAGGAGGAGGAACUGCUCGUGAAGUCGCGGCAGGGCAUGCUCUCUUGCCGGGUCCGCUCGGGUGCCAGGCCCGUGGUCGGCACUGUUCUGCAGUCGGGCCGUCCGAGUGAGCUAGAUGAAGAUGAUGGAGCAUCCCAGACAGGCUCCAGUGGAUGCACUCAUCCUAUCGAUGUGAACUUCAGUGGCAAGGAGCUGCCCCUGGACCUGUACAUCAUACAUCAUCCCAGCGAGCAAAAUACCGGUGAUGAGCACCCAGGGA